AUGAUGAGUUCAAACAUGCGUGGAGUGGGGGAGGCGCAAGGCAUUGGACAGGCUUUGAAGGGUAUGUUGGGAAAGGCCACUACGACAGUACCGGAACAGAAGAAUGAUAAGGUGCAGCUGGUCAAUAGGGCCAGUGAAAGCAAGAGUCCAUAUGUUCGCGCUCAUUCUGCGAAUCCGGUGGCAUGGCAGCUUUGGGGAGAUGAAGCAAUUGACUUGGCGCGUCGGGAAAAUAAAUUGUUGUUUGUGAGCAUUGGUUACAGCUCUUGUCAUUGGUGCCAUAUAAUGGAGCGCGAGUCAUUCGAAAACGAAGAAGUAGCUGCGAGAUUAAAUAGCUCAUUUAUACCCAUCAAAGUCGAUCGCGAAGAACGUCCGGAUAUUGAUAGAAUUUACAUGAACUUUGUGCAAGCGACGACUGGCUCUGGAGGAUGGCCACUGAAUGUCUUUCUGACACCGAGUUUGGAGCCAGUGUUUGGGGGUACAUAUUGGCGGGGGCCAAGCAAGACGACAGAUUUCGAAGAUCAGGUCGACUUUUUGGGAAUUCUGGAUAAAUUGAGUACCGUUUGGUCGGAACAAGAAUCGCGAUGUAGACAGGAUUCGGCACAAAGCUUGCAGCAAUUGAAGGAUUUCGCUAAUGAGGGUACCUUGAGUAACAGACUGGGGGAGGGUGUGGACAAUAUUGAUCUCGAACUACUGGAAGAAGUCACUGAACAUUUCGCUAGUAGCUAUGAUCAGGCAAAUGGAGGGUUUGGUUCAGCUCCAAAGUUUCCCACUCCUUCGAAAAUUGCCUUCUUGCUCCGUUUGAGCCAAUACCCAGGGGCUGUAAUUGAUAUUGUUGGACUUCCUGAUUGUCAACACGCCCAGGAAAUCGCUCUUACAACUCUUCGCAAAAUGGCACGUGGUGGAAUUCAUGAUCAUAUUGGAAAUGGCUUCGCUAGAUAUUCUGCUACUGCAGAUUGGUCUCUUCCCCACUUCGAAAAAAUGCUCUACGAUAAUGCACAGCUUCUACAUCUCUAUUUGGAUGGCUUUCUUUUGUCGCGAGACCCGGAGUUCCUAGGAGUCGCAUACGAUAUCGCAAAUUAUCUGACGACCACUCUUUCACACUCGGAGGGAGGAUUUUAUUCAAGCGAAGAUGCCGACAGUUAUUAUAAAAAUGGUGAUUCCGAGAAACGAGAAGGCGCCUAUUACGUUUGGACUAAACGAGAAUUUGAAAAUAUUCUUGGCAGCGAACGUGGAUUGAUACUUUCCGCUUUCUUCAAUGUUACUAGUCACGGUAAUGUGGCGCAGGAGAAUGAUCCACAUGACGAAUUCAUGGACCAGAACGUAUUGGCCAUUUCAAGCACUCCAUCUGCAUUGGCCAGUCAAUUUGGCAUCAAGGAGGCUGAAAUUAUAAAGGUUAUCAAGGAAGGCAAAGCGCAAUUAAGAAAACGUCGAGAAGCUGAGCGGGUGAAACCGGCUAUGGAUGAUAAAAUCGUUGUCAGCUGGAAUGGUAUUGCGAUAGGGGCUUUAGCUAGAUUAUCCUCAGUUAUCAACGCUUUCGAUCCCGUCAAGGCUCAAGAGUACCUAGAUGCAGCUCUCAAGGCAGCUACAUUUAUCAAGGAAAAUCUAUAUGACGAUAAAGCUAAGAUUCUCUACCGGAUCUGGCGUGAAGGACGAGGUGAUACUCAAGGAUUUGCCGACGAUUAUGCAUUUUUGAUUGAAGGACUCAUCGAUUUGUAUGAAAAUACUUUCGACGAGAAGUGGCUUCAAUGGGCCGAUGAACUUCAACAAUCACAAAUAAAUCUUUUCUACGACGGGGAUGGUACAGGUGCAUUCUUUUCAACUACCGCCUCUGCUCCAGACGUAAUCCUUCGCCUCAAAGAUGCCAUGGAUUCUGCUGAACCCUCUACGAAUGGCGUCUCUUCCUCGAAUUUGUAUCGCCUAUCUUCAAUUUUCAAAGAUGAAUCUUAUGCGAAGAAGGCGAAAGAAACUGUGAAAAGUUUUGAAUCCGAGAUGUUGCAAUAUCCGUGGUUAUUCCCUAGUUUCAUGCCGGCAAUUGUAGCAAGUCACUUGGGUUUAGUGAGUGUGGUGAUUCAUGACGCACCUGGUGAUGAUUUAGGGGGAAGACGGGUCCAACAAUCUGUAAAGCAGCCCCGGGGCUCUUUAGGAUCGAUUGUUCGGUUGAAUUCUUCAGAGGGAAAUGGACAGUGGUUGAGACAGCGAAAUCCAUUGUUGAAGGAUGGGUGGAAGAGUGACAAGACUAAGAUACUCCUCUGCGAAAAUGGAGUAUGUAAAGAAGAGAAAGAGCCAAUCUUUGUGGAUUCAGGUGUCAAGAUGGAGGAAAGUCCCAUGGAAAAUGAUAGUUUUCAAAUGACCAGUUUGAAAGAAUCAUUAUCGGGCUCGGGGGAAAGUUUAAAUCAGAGCCAAGGGGAACCAGUCCCAAAGGGAAAUUUACAGCAAGGAGAUCUUGGGGCUAAAACUAGCGUCGCGGAUAACGGAAAGGAAAAUUAG